GGAAUACUAAUCUCACAUAGUUAUAAGCAGCUCCCUGCUCAUUAUCUCAGACAAAACCACGACAGCUGUGAGGUUUGAGCAAGAUGUUGGGUUGUGUCGUGCUCUUAUUACUGUUAGGAACAGCUUGUUCGACGCCGAAGAAAGGGUUUGGAAUGAACUAUGUCAACUUCAACUGUAAUGACGAGAACACCUUGUCAGACGCCACCUGGUGGUAUGACUGGAAACCCACACCGGACGAAGUGGUGAGGCAUGGGUGCCACCAAUCCAAGGAAUAUGUGCCAAUGAUAUGGGGUUGGAAUUCUACAGGCAGCAACAACUUGAAUAUACCAUCCUCGGCCAAAUAUGUCCUUGGGUUUAAUGAGCCGAACCAAAAAGACCAGUCGAAUGUAUCUCCCCAAGAGGCCGCAAGACACUGGCCAGAAAUCGAGCGUCAUGCUCAAAACAAACUUCUUGUGAGUCCAUCUCCUUCCGGUUGUAAUGGCGGCAGUAACUGCAACAUGAAUUCCACUCUAUGGUUGGAUGAAUUUUUUAAAGCGUGUCAAGGCUGCCGUGUUGAUUUCAUCGCCGCACAUACAUACUCCUGUAAUGCAGACCAUGAUAUGAGAUACUUGGAGAAGAUGUACAAUCGAUACAAGAAGAAGGUCUGGCUCACGGAGUUUGGUUGUCCACACACGUCCCACUCACACAUCCUGAACUACAUGAAACAGAUCCUUCCGCGCCUGGAAAACGCUCACUUUGUUUACCGAUACGCAUGGUUCAUCACGCGCUGGAAGGAUGAUGGCUUCCUGACCACUGCUACCGAUCUGUUACAACUGGAUUCGUCCGCGUCGAAACUGACAGCGCUGGGUCAGUACUACAACAACUUCCGCCACAAGUAACCGAACAGGAAACAGUGUGCAACAUAAGAAGCCAUGACAUGUAUUGUGCACCGAAUAAAGGGUUGAAAAAGA